AUGUUAGAUGCAGCCAUUAAGUCUCAAAAGGCUUUUGAAAGAUAUGAAGAGGAAGAUGACAAGUUUGUGUCUUAUUUUCGGGAAGAGCACGGGGAGAAACGGAAGAUUGGCCCGCCACUUGAUGAUGAUUGGGAGAAUGUUAAGGUGUUUGUGAAAUUUAUGAAGACUUUUUAUGAUAUAACUUUGAAGUUUAGUGCCACUUUGAAUGUCACUUCAAAUUCUUACUUUCAUGAGCUUUGUGAGAUGCAAAAGCAGCUAUCUGAAUUAAGAAAACAAGACGAUUCAAUGCUUUCAUCCAUGGCUGUAAGUAUGAAAAAGAAGUAUGACAAGUAUUGGGGGAAUGUUGAGAAUAUAAAUUAUCUUCUCUCUGUGGCUGUUGUACUUGAUCCUAGGUACAAAAUGGAUUAUUUGACAUAUUGUUUCUCUAUAGUGUAUGAUUCUUGCACUUCUGAAACAUUAACAAAGAAUGUGAAGGAUACUAUGUACCGGCUGCAUGAUGUUUAUAGUGGGGACAAUGGUGAAUCUGUGGCUAAUGAAUCUGGUAGGGAGGUGGCAACAACAAGUACAAAGGAGGCAAAAACGGACGCAGAAGGAAAAGGGUGUUUGUGGAGCUCUUUUGUUAGGAAAAUGAAAGAGAAGAAUGUGAAUGAGUACAAAAAUGAUGUGGACAGAUACUUGACAGACCCUAUGGAGGAUCCAACUCGGUUAAAUUUUGCUGUUUUAGAUUGGUGGAAGAAUAAUGCAACCAAUUACAAGGUUCUUUCACUAGUUGCAAGAGACAUUCUUGUCAUUCAUGUUUCAACGGUAGCCUCGGAAUCUACUUUUAGUACCAGAGGCUGCAUCCUCGAUCCCUUUAGUAGUUCAUUGAGCCCUAAGAUGGUGGAGGCAUUGAUUUGUACACAAAAUUGGUUGCGUAGCCGUGAGCAUAUCAACCUUAUUGACAUGGAAGAGUUUAAUCAAUAUGAAGAUAUUGAGUUUGAUUUGUCAAAUUCUGUUGCAACAUAUGAGGGGUAA